UCGAUAUUGGCUGUGUAUAAUUCCUCCGAGCUCCUCAUCCUCAUCUUUAUGACCUUUAAACGAUACAAGGGGCUCUACUUUUGGAGCAUAUUCCUCGCAUCUUUAGGUAUUCUUCCAUACUGCAUCGGCUGGUUUGUUGCUUAUUUUACGCUUACCUCUCUCUGGGUCGGUAUGAUUCUUGCUCAAAUUGGAUGGACUCUUCUAGUAUCAGGUCAAUCUAUGGUUCUCUAUUCGCGAUUGCACCUGGUUCUUGACGAUCCUAAAAUACUCCGCAUCCUACUAUGGAUAAUUAUCCUGAACGGUAUCAUUUGGCAUAUCUCAAUCACAGUUCUUGUAUUCGGGUCUAGUUACAGCCCCGCGCAAAGCCGAGAUGGAUUUAACUGUGUCUUUAACGUCCUGGAAAAGGUCCAAAUGUCCUGUUUCUGUCUCCAGGAGUUCGCUCUCUCCGGUCUCUACAUCUGGAAGGCAUGGGGUAUUCUCAACACAGCUUUAAGCAGCCAACAACGGUUUAUACGGCAGCUUUUUGCUAUUAACGUCUUUAUUAUGGCUAUGGAUGUUGCACUUCUCGCUAUCGAAUAUAAGAGCUUAUUUCUCUGGGAGCAAGGUGUUAAAGUCGUCACCUACUCCCUUAAGCUGAAGCUCGAGUUCGCGAUAUUGGGCCAGCUUACCGAGUUUGUGCGGCAUCGAGGCGGCGGCGGUGAUUUUGGUGGACAAUCAAAUCAUGCUACAGCUACGUUUAUACGGCUCUCUAGU